AUGGCAGAACAAGUCAGUAGUACCGUGAUUGGGAAAGUAGUGGACUCAUUGUUUUGUGUGAUUAAAAAAGAGACCGGUUACAUGUGGAAUUGCGAAGAUAAUGUGGGAAAGUUCAAAAAUGAAGUCGAAAAGCUCCAAGAUAUGAAGGAGAGGGUUGAACAACAAAUCAAUAUCGCAAAAGUCGAAGGAAACAAUCUCAUAGUUGGUGUUGAAAAGUGGGUGGAGGAGGCCGCACAAGAAAUAUCCAAGGCUCAAGAGUUUCUCCAACAAGAAGCGAAUGCCAAGAAGACGUGUUUCAAGAUAGGAAUGUGUGGUAAUUGGGCCACUCGUCAUCGUUACGGUAAGAUGGUUGCAACAAAAAUGACUCCUUGUCUUUUGGAGCACCAAGAACGUGGCAAGGAUUUUGUGACUUGUGUCUCUGUUUAUACCCGUGCACCCGGACCAUUAGAUGUUUAUCAAAACAAAGAUCUUGAUGAUAUCGUAACCCAAAAUUCAGCUUUGGAGGAUAUCAUUAAGGCUCUUGAAGAUGACAACAUACAAAUUAUUGGAAUCUAUGGCUUGGGUGGUGUUGGAAAAACCACUUUAGCCAAGGAAGUUGCUGCAAGAGUAAAAAAGAGUAAUAUGACGUUUGUUGAUAUUGCUUUUACAACUGUGACACAAACUGUAAAAGCUCAGGAGAUUAAAAACGAUCUUGAAAAUGCAAAAAAGCGAAUAGAGAAAGGGGAGAAGGUUCUAAUCAUAUUAGAUGACGUCUGGGAAAAACUCGAUCUAGAAGAUUUGUGCAUUCCUAUUAACCACACCAAUUGCAAGCUUUUGUUGACCUCUAGAAGUGAAAAAGUGUGUGAGAAGAUGAAUGCUCAAAGUAAAAUUUAUCUAGACUCUUUGCCAGCAAAAGAAGCAUGGAUACUUUUCAAACGCGUGGUUGGUGAAAGAUUGGAGACGGAUUCCAAUUUGAAACCAGUUGCAUUGAAGGUUGCUCAGGAAUGCGGUGGAUUGCCACUACUUAUUCAAGCGGUAGGAAAUGCUUUGAAAAAUGAAAGCAUGGAAUCGUGGAACUGGGCUCUUAGACAAUUGCAAAAACAUGCACCAUUGGAUAUUGAUGAUGAGAUACGGAAAGCAUUUACUCAUUUGCAACUAAGUUAUGAGCAUCUUAAAAGUCAAGAAGCCAAAUCAUGUUUCUUAAUCUGUAGUUUGUUCCCUGAAGAUGAAGAUAUUGAGUUGGAAAACUUGGUGCGUUAUGGGGUGGGUCUAGAAAAGUUUGAUGACCUGGAUAGCAUAGAGGAUGCAAGAGGCCGGGUUCAAAAUGCAAUAAAUAUCCUCACUUCUUCUGGCUUGUUAUUGCAUACACAACAGGAAGGCUUUACCAAAAUGCAUGAUGUUGUUCGCGACGUGGCAUUGUUAAUUGCAUCUCAAGGGGAGAACAAAUAUUUGGUAAAGGCCGGGAAGGGUUUGACAGAAUGGCUACCAAGAGAAAACAGCUUAAAGGACUACACGGGGAUUUCCCUCAUGAAGAAUAGCCUCUCCAAGCUUCCUGAUUAUAAGAUUGACUUACCGCGCCUUGAGAUUUUCGCUAUAAAUGACAACGACUAUCUAUACUCGAUUUCCAAUGAACUCAUUGAGGGCAUGAAAGAAGUAAAGGUUUUAGAUAUGCGUUGUCCUUGGAUGAAACUUCCACAAUCAUUCAAGCUACUCUCAAAACUUCACAUGCUCAAUCUUGAAAAAGUGAAGUAUUUUGAUGAUAUCUCUAUGCUUGGGGAGAUGAAAGACCUUGAGAUUCUAAUUCUCAAUGGUACUAACAUAAAAAAGAUUCCUCAAGAGAUUGGUCAGUUGGUAAACUUAAGGCAGCUUGAAGUUACUGACUGCGAAGAUCUAUCUCACAUAACACCCGGUGUCAUAUCGAAGUUGUGGAGGCUGGAAGAGUUGUGCAUUGACUUCAGGCAGGUGAGAGAAGGAGUUUAUGAUUGUGUUGUCGAAGUAAUGAAGUUGUCGAAGCUCACAUAUUUGGUGCUAAAAGUGCUUAGGUUUGAAAAUGGUAUUCCUCAUCAAGGUUUCAGUUAUGCAAAGCUAAAAGGAUUUCUAAUUCAAAUUGGAAAAGACUAUCUACCUUUGGAGGCCACCACCAGGUCAGAUCGCUAUCUAGUUCUUUCAAACUACAUUCUUAGGAUUUCAUUAUUGAAGUGGAUGAAAGAAUUGAUUGAGGAAAGUCAUCCUCGUAUAUUUUUUGGAUACGUUCAUCUGUUGUAUGAUAUCAUGCCCACCCUGUCAGGUUUUAUUAAAUUAAAGUAUAUUAGGUUGUCAGAUUGCCCCGAUGUGAUAUACUUAUUGGAUAGUACGAGCUGCGAUUGGGAUGAAAAGAAAACACCAUCGGAAAAGUAUUUCAUGCAACUACAACACCUGAGAUUGUCACAUCUAAAAUGGUUGAAGGUCUUGUGGAAAUGCCCAGAUGAAUAUAUAAGUCUAACUAACCUAGUCAAUCUUCGUAUUAGUUAUUGUAAGAGGUUAGUAAGAGUAUUGACAGUGGGUAUAGCACAAGGGCUUGUCAAUCUCAAGAAACUUAAAAUUGUAGGCUGUUUUCGUUUAGAGGAAGUGAUUAGGGGAGAUGGAGAGGAAAUCGAUAGAGGUAGAGGAGGUGAAACCGAAGAAAUAGUUGAACAACAACAUUCUUCUGCAAAUAUUGUUAUUCUCUUCCCUUCCCUUGUAAAGAUCACCCUUUUUAACUGCGUCAGGCUCAAAAGCUUCUUCAGCUCAACUGGGAAUGGGAAUUGUAGCAUCAAAUAUCCAUCUUUGAUGGAUGUAAGAAUCGAAACAUGUAGAAGCUUGAAGAAAUGGGGACCCGGAAUUCAUGAAACACCCAAACUCAACAGGUUGGUUGGUUAUUACGGGUAUAGCCACAGUCCAAUAUUACUGGAUGGACCUUGUGGCAUAAAUGAUGCUGUGGAAAAUAAUUUGAGAGAGUGGAGAUGGUAGAUCACAGAUGACCAUAUGCUCAUGACAAAGUCGUUUGAUGAUAUUCCGCAAUGUUUUGAUGGAGCUAUAAAGAAGUUUAGUUACAUGUGGCGUUAAGAUGAAAAUGUUAAAAAGUUGAGGAACGAAGUUAAUAUGCUCAAAGAUAUGAGGAGGAUUAAGCAGCAAAUAGAUAUGGCUAAAUGUUAAGGAGAUGAUCUCUUAAUUAUAUAUGUUAAGGAGAUGAUCUCUUAAUGGUGUGCAAGACUAGCGAACAUUUUAAUAUGUGUAUCAUGAAUAUGAGGAGUAUGAUAAGUAUUUACAGAGUAACUAAUUUGUUGUCUCCUUAAACAAGUUUCUAAUAUAUAAUAAAUAAUAAUCUCUUUCUA